GCCCCGAGUGCCAGCAUGGGGAACACCCAUUCCAAGGGUGGCGACAGGCACGGGGCUCUCCCGGGCCGCCCCGACCUGUCUUUUUACGGCUCUUUCCCCAGGAAAUGGAGCGAGAACGUCUUCCUAGAUAAUGAGCUGUUGACCUCUAAGAUCCUGUCGGUGCUGCGGCCCCAGUCGGAGCGGGGCUUCCGGACCGGUGACCUCCGCUACCCUGCCCACUUUUUGAGCACCAACUCUGUCUUUGCCUCUGUCGCAGCCUCACUGAAGGAGCACCCGAGGAGCAGCCUCCUUUCUGAUGGCAGCCCAGCCCCAUCCAGGAAUGUCGGCAUGACGGUCUCUCAGAAAGGGGGUCCCCAGCCAAUACCAAGCCCGGCCGGAACUGGGGCACGACUCGGACCAGCCACAGGAGAGAUGGAUGAAGCCAACUCUGUGGUUCUAAAGUUCAAGCAGGCAACCGAGGACGGCCUAGCACUCACAUCCUCCAAUACGGAGUCUGUUUUUGUAGAAGAUCCCUACACUGCCUCACUGAGAAGCGAAGUCGAGUCGGACACCCAUGAGUUCGAGGCCGAGUCCUGGAGCCUGGCCGUAGACUUGGCCUACGCCAAGAAGCAGAAGAAAGAGGUGGUGAAGAGACAGGAUGUCCUAUAUGAGCUGAUGCAGACAGAGGCACACCACGUGCGGACGCUCAAGAUCAUGCUGAAGGUAUACUCCAAGGCCCUCCAGGAGGAGCUGCAGUUUGGCGGCAGGGCCAUCAGCCGCCUCUUCCCCUGCGCAGACGACCUGCUGGAGAUGCACAGCCACUUCCUUGCUCGGCUCAAGGAGCGGCGCCAGGAGGCUCUGGAGGAGGGCAGCGAGCGGAAUUACAUCAUCCAGAAAAUCGGGGACCUCCUGGUGCAGCAGUUUUCAGGUGAAAAUGGGGAGAGAAUGAAAGAAAAAUAUGGUGUGUUUUGUAGCGGCCACAAUGAAGCUGUCAGUCAUUACAAGUUGUUGCUGCAGCAAAACAAGAAAUUUCAAAACUUGAUCAAGAAGAUCGGCAGCUUCUCCAUCGUGAGGCGGCUUGGUGUGCAGGAGUGUAUUCUUCUGGUUACUCAGCGCAUAACCAAAUACCCGGUGCUGGUGGAGCGCAUCAUUCAGAACACAGAAGCCGGCACUGAGGACUAUGAAGACCUGACCCAGGCCCUGAACCUCAUCAAAGACAUCAUCUCACAAGUGGAUGCCAAGGUCAGUGAGUGUGAGAAGGGCCAGCGUCUCAGGGAGAUCGCAGGGAAGAUGGACCUAAAGUCCUCCAGCAAACUCAAGAACGGACUUACCUUCCGCAAGGAGGACAUGCUACAGCGGCAGCUACACCUGGAGGGCACACUGUGCUGGAAGACCACUUCAGGGCGCUUAAAAGAUGUCCUUGCUGUCCUCUUGACCGACGUGCUUCUACUGCUGCAAGAGAAGGACCAGAAAUAUGUCUUUGCCUCUGUGGACUCAAAGCCGCCCAUCAUCUCUCUGCAAAAGCUCAUUGUGAGGGAAGUGGCCAAUGAGGAGAAGGCCAUGUUUCUGAUCAGUGCUUCCCUGCAAGGACCCGAGAUGUACGAGAUCUACACCAGCUCCAAAGAGGACAGGAACUCCUGGAUGACCCAUAUCCGCCAGGCUGUGGAGAGCUGUCCCGAUGAGGAGGAGGGGCCCUUCACUGAGGCCGAGGAAGAGAGGAAGGUCGCCGAGGCCCGUGCAAUGAGACUCCGGGACUUUCAAGAGCGACUGAGCCAGAAAGACCAGCUGAUCGCCCAGAGCCUCCUGGAGAAGCAGCAGAUCUACCUGGAGAUGGCGGAGAUGAGCGGGCUCGAGGACUCCCAGUCACGUGGCUUCUUCCGCGGAGGCGAUACCUCGGAGACCCUGCAGGGGGAGCAGAUCCUCAAGUCGGCCAUGAAUGAAAUUGAGGGUAUCCAGAACCUGAUCUGUAGGCGACUGGGCAGCACCAGUGGCCUAGCGGAAGAAGGAGGCAGCUCCACAGGCCUGCCUCGGAGGGCUGAGACCUUCGGGGGCUACGACAGCACAGGCAGCCCUAGCAAGAAUGGCAGUUUUAAGAAGAAGGUCGGCAGCUGGCGGGGGCCUGCCAGCAGCCCAGACCCGAAACUUGGAAAUGGCGAUGUCCCUGGGGGCUGGGAGGAGCCACCUCAGGAGGUGGAGGUGCCAGGUGCCGAUUCUAGCCCUCGGCUGCCCACUGUCCUGGAGUCAGAGCUUGUCCAGAGGAUCCAGACUUUAUCGCAGCUGCUCCUCAGCCUCCAGGCGGUCAUCGCCCAGCAGGACAGCUAUGUAGAGAUGCAGCGGGCAGCCAUCCAGGAGCGCGAGAAGCAGUUUCGACUGCAGUCAACGCGCGGGAACCUGCUGCUGGAGCAGGAGCGGCAGCGCAACUUCGAGAAGCAGCGGGAAGAGCGCGCGGACGUGGAGAAGCUGCAGAGUCAGCUGCGGCAGGAGCAGCAGCGCUGGGAGCGUGAGUGCAUGCGCCAGCGGCAGGAGCUGGAGCGCGCAGGCGCGCGGCUGCAGGAGCGGGAAGGCGAGGCGCAGCAGCUGCGCGAUCGGCUGGACCAGGAACGCGCGGAGCUGGAGCGGCAGCGCCGGGCCUACCAGCAAGACCUGGAACGGCUUCGCGAGGCCAUGCGCACCGUAGACCGUGAGCGCGAGCGCCUGGAGCAGCAGCGUAGACUCAAGAAGCAGAACACAGUGCCAGGGGCGCUGCCACCGGGGGCACUGGUGGAGGCCCAGCCCCCAAGCCACCCUCCCAGUUUCAAUGGGGAGGGGCAGGAGGGGCCCCUGGCCCUGGCUAAAACACCCGGGACCCGGGCGAGCCUGCUGCUGUCCAGUGCUGGACCUGAGUAUGUGGAGCGCCCUGAGGUGGCUCGCCGGGACAGUGCCCCAGCCGAGAGCCGACCAGCCAAGAGUGACGUGCCCAUCCAGCUGCUCAGCACCACCAACCAGAUUCAGAGGCAGGCAGCAGUGCAGCAGCAGAUCCCCACCAAGCUGGCCGCCUCCACCAAGGGCAGCAAGGACAAGGGCAGCAAAAGCAGGGGCUCCCAGCGCUGGGAGAGCUCAGCUUCAUUCGACCUGAAGCAGCAGCUGCUUCUCAACAAGCUGAUCGGCAAGGAUGAGACCACCUCUCGGAAUCGCCGGUCACUGAGCCCCAUCCUGCCCAGCAGCCACAGCUCUGCGCCUGCUACAGACGCCUACGUCCCAGCCCUGAGUCCAGCCCCAGCCGACAUCCCCGCUGAGGCCUUCCUCACCAAGACUGGGGGCACGUCCUUCCCACCUGUGCCCCCAUCUCCCUCACCACAGGCCACCAGGGAGGAAGCCAGCAAGGAAGACGUCAUCUUCUUCUAGAGGGGCUGAGGCUCCAGGUGCAGGCCCCCCCUGGCCUGCCAACCCUGUGUCCCUGGGGAUCCCAUGGAGUGGCCGCCUGCCCAGCUGUCGUCCUCUCCUGCCCAGGCACACCCCUGAUGUCCAUCUGGCCUGGGUCGGCCUGUUGGUGCUUUGGGUCUCACGGCUCUGUCUGUAGGAUUAGUGGUAAUGCCUGGGUAAUUUCCUAAACCUCUUUUUUUAAUUCGUACAUAAAAAAAAAAAAAAGCUUGUAAUGGAAGGUUGAACCGCUAAAGCAAGGGGUUGUUUUAAACCGUAGCACCCCUUUGGGUAGGGAAAGGUCGAUUCCCGUCGUUCUCUCAGGCAGUGAGGAGUGCCAGGGUGGCCCGAGGAGCUGGAAGACAGGCCAGGCCUGGGUCUGAGGAGCUGCCGGCCCCAGGCCAGGCUCCACAGGCACCCGGAGGCACUGGAGUGGUCACAUCAUGAGGGUACCAGAAGGGACCGUGGCAUUGGUCUGCAGAGUCAGGCAGAAUCCUCUUCCAAAGCAGAGACCCCCACUGGCCAUGGAAAACCUCUUUCAGCAAGCGAGUCGGGCAGGGGCAGGACAGGCCUACCCAGGAGUAGAGAGGGCCACAGGGAGGGGGCAGCCGUGGCGCUUCAUUCGUGUUCUGUGGGUUCAGAAGCUCAUCCUGAAAGGGGCUGACCACCACUCCUUUAAUUUGGCAGAGACUUACCAAACUCUGGUCUGCUUCUCGAGGGCACCUGCCAUCCCCACCACUCAGCCUGUCCAGGGCAACAAGCCUCAGGCUUCAGCCAGAGCUAGCACACACCCAGGCAGAGGUUCUCAGUCUCCUGUGGCUGCUGGGAAGAAGCCCCCAGGGCUACUGUCCUGCCAGAACCUGAGGGAACACCUGGAGACGCUGCCAGCAAGUGGACAGGUGGCUAUCUUGGGGGCACCUCACUUGCACUGAGCUGUUACAGUAUGGAAUCAGCUUCCUCUGGAGGACAGGGCUUUGGGGGUGGUCUCCAGUGCCCAGGGCAGGCCCAGAUGGUCAGAUCCAUGUUCCAGCUCUAACCAAGAUGGAGCCUGGCUGCCCAGAGCAGGAGGGGCACAUUGCCAGCCUUGCCCCACAGCCCGGGCUUCCCUACUUUGGAAGUGUUGACAGCAGGACCAGGUCCUGGGCUGGUCAUUGUAAGCAGGGGACAUUUCCGCCACUGAGGGACAGGUAGGCACAGAGGAGGGGGAACUGUUAGGAACUGUGCAGCCUGCCACUAGUGUCACAGGCUCAGGAGGGGACUGGGCAGGUGCAGGUGUCAACAGGAACCAGGGCACAGCCUUAGUGGCAGGUUUUUAAAGCAGCAGUUCCUAGCGAGUGGUGUAUCCCUCUUCUCCAGGCUCCUGGCCUCUCUUGAGAACCUUUUGUUCCUACCCUGGUCCUUUUCCAUCAGCAGUGCUAUCCUGUGUCCCGAGUGUCCCCCGACCCACCAGAUCUCGUCUGUGCCAUGUUUAUAAUCAGUGUUUUGUAUUUUUGUACUGAGACGUAUUGGAGCACUUUAGAGAAACUAAGCUCCUGCUCUGUGGCCAAGAGAACAUUCCUGGACCCGGCACUGGGUGGCCUCCAGAUCAUGUGCUCUGGACUCACCAUCCAGAUAUGGGGAUUCCUUGAACUUGGACAAGCGCAGGGAAUUUCUGCUCAACCACGGCAGGCCAUCAGCAGGAAGUGGGGCUUCCCUGCCAGGUGGCCAGGGAGGGGGGUUUAGUCAGGUUCCACACAUAGUAGGGCAGUAUGGCCGGUGCACUGCUUGCCACACCCACGGGUACUCCUGGGUAGAGCCCAUUUUAUCCGUACAGCUGGUGACUGCGCAGUUCCCCGUUUGUGUGGGCCCAUGCCUAUGGUCUUUGGUGAUCGUGACCAUGACCUUAGCCCACAAUUACUUUACAGUAAUUAUGUUUCCUUACCAGAGGGUGUUUGGGAACCACCCUAGAACUUAAGACCAGAUUCUAGCAAUAAAAGUGUCUAAGAUGAUCUCUGACUUAAGCUGCUGUU